AAGAGAAAAACAUCAUUAGCACAAAGAACAACGAACAAAAAUAAAAAAAGAGGAAGGGGAGAAAAAAAACCUUUUCCUAGUUCCCUCCAAUACCAAAUGCCAUUCUCUCUUUCUCUCUCUAGGCUCCCUUUCUUUGUUCCCCUCUCUCUUCAUUCCAAAACCCUCAAGAUGCCCAUCACCAGAUCAUCCUCAAAAUCUCUUAUUUUGCCCAGCAAAGCUCAAGAACCCAACUCAGGAAUCAACCCGGGUACUGAGCUUUCCAGUGCUUAUACGAGGAAAAAGAGGGUGAAGAUAGAGGCAGAUAAUUCUUUAGAGGAUCAGAAAGGGAAAAUUGCUGGUCAAAAACUCACUGGUUUGCCGGAUAUCGAAGAUUUUUCAUAUAGUAAAGCCAAGGGAUCAGUGAAAUCGAGAAUUGGUCCUACAACUAAGGCAAAACUGUCUGCAGUUUCUAUGGAUAUAAAGAAAGAGACAGUUUCUGUGGAUUUGAAGAAAGAGGCUACUCUUUCCAUUAGCAUAAACGAGGGGCCACCAGCAAACUGGGAAAAAGUUCUUGAAGGGAUUAGGAAAAUGAGAUCUUCUGAUGAUGCUCCAGUUGACUCUAUGGGAUGUGAAAAGGCAGGCAGUUUUUUGCCACCAAAGGAGAGACGAUUUGCGGUUUUGGUGUCUUCCCUUCUAUCAAGCCAAACCAAAGAUGGAGUUACACAUGGUGCCGUGCAGCGCCUCUCCGAGAAAGGCUUAUUGGCAGCUGAUGCUAUUAUCCAAACUGAGGAAGCAACCAUUGCAAACUUGAUAUAUCCAGUUGGAUUUUAUUCGAGAAAGGCCAAAUAUAUGAAAAGGGUUGCUGAAAUUUGUCUUGACAAGUACGAUGGAGAUAUUCCUAACACAAUAGAUGGCUUGCUCGCACUGCCAGGGAUAGGUCCAAAGAUGGCCUAUCUGGUUAUGAAUGUUGGGUGGAAUGAUGUGCAAGGUAUAUGUGUUGAUACUCAUGUACAUCGCAUAUGCAAUCGUCUUGGAUGGGUAUCUCGACCUGGAACAAGAGAGAAAACUUUGACUCCUGAACAAACCAGAGUUUCUUUGGAGACUUGGUUGCCUAAAGACGAAUGGGAUCCGAUCAAUCCACUAUUGGUUGGAUUUGGGCAAACAGUGUGCAAGCCUCUCAGACCUCGAUGCGGAGAUUGCUCCAUAAACAAGCUAUGCCCCUCUGCAUUCAAGGAAGCAGCUACUCCCAUUUCUAAAGCGAAGAAAACAAGUCCCAGUAAAAGAUCUUGAUGAUUUUAAGUGGUAGUCAGAAGCCUUUUUUUGAGUCACAGAAUUGUAUGUGGUCUUCUUGUGUUACUUAUUUUUGGCUGACCACACUUCAGAAAUGAUCUACCCUUUUAUGUAGUAGUCCUUGUGCAAUGCUCUCUUGUAUAUGGCUUAAACAAUGAAAAAUGUUGUAAGAAAUUAUAUUUGAUAUUUUAUUGGAACCUUCAUACUUUGUGUA